ACUGCGAGGGUUUUAAAUAUGUCUGCUAUUGCGCUAAUUCUUACAUCUCUAGUUUUGAACUUCUCUUUUUCUUUCAGUGUAAAAUACUACGGCACUAAAACACUCUAUGAAGAAUCAUUUACAAAUGAAGAGUGGAAAGAAGUUCUAAAAUCAAAACUAGAUCAUCCAAAAACUUGCCAUCCCAUAUAUUUAUCAGCAAUAUUCCGACAUGGUACGAGAUCGCCCAGUACGUCAGCCACAAAGAAGACGGAAGGCUUUAUAUCUAGAAUUAAAUCGUACUAUAAUAAAAUUGGAAGGGAUAAUGCUCAAGGACAUGCUGAAAAAUUGUUAAACUGGAGCAAUCGCUUUUCCAAUGUUAAAGAUUCUAUGUCAUUGGCUGAAAAGGGAAGGGAAGAAAUGAGAGAUUUAGCUAGCAGAUUCGCAAAACGAAUUGAACCUUAUAUUAAUCCAACUGCUUUAAGAAUGGCAUUUACAUCCAGUAAUAAAAGCAGAUCUAUUCAGAGUGCUGAAUCUUUUAGAGAGUCCUUUCUAUCAUAUUAUUCAAUAAAAGAUGAAAUACCAGUCCAAUUAAGCGAUAUUCGAUUGAGAUUCUUCUCUGAUUGUCCAAAACUGCGUAAUACAAUAGAAAAAAAUAAAAAUGCACUCAAAGAAUAUUACAGUUUUCCAGAAACUUUCGCUGCUCAAGAAGUAAUAAAAAAGAUAAAUAUGGCUUUAAAUAUUCCUGCUGAUCUCGGAAUUCAGAAAAAUGAAUUAAAAUCGGUUUUCUCUUUUUGCGGUUGUGAAAAUGCUGUUUUUGGUCAUUCAAAAAUUUGCGACUUGAUUGAAGAGCAUAGAACUGUAUUUGAAUAUUUAUCAGACUUGAAAGCCUAUUGGAGAAAUAUGUACGGUUAUAAAUUAACUAGUAAAGUCUCGUGUACCCUUUUAAAGGAUAUUUUUGAAGAUAUGCUCCUUGUUCAGCGAGAUCAUGAAAGAGGAAUAGAGAAUUUCGAACAAUUACACUUCCAGUUUGGUCAUGCUGAAACGCUUAUGCCGAUUAUAGCUGCUUUGGGGCUGUUCAGAGAUUCUACUCCACUUCGUGCUGAUGAAUUUAAGAAGAAUAUUGAUAGAAAGCUAAGAGUCAGCAAAAUUGCACCAUUUUCCACCAACUUGGCAUUCGUGUUAUAUCAUUGCAAAGAUGAAAAUAAAGAGGACUACAAGCUUCAACUACUCUUUAAAGAACGUCCAAUUCCAUUUCCUGCUUGCGAGUCGGAAAUUCUAUGCGAUUUAGAAAAGGUUUUAAAGUAUUACCACUGGAUUAUGAACGAAUGCCAUAGAAAUAGCAUGUGCGAAAUAUUAAGGGAUGAAUUAUGAUGAAUCAAAAAAAAAAAGAGGUCAAUUGGUUUCUUUUUAAAAAAAAUAAUGUUAUUUUAAAAAAUUAAAGAAACUCGCUGUAGUUUUAAAUAGAAGAAGCAAUAUUUAUUUAUUAAAAAAAUUACAUGCUGUUUGAAUAUGUAUACAUGUUACUAAUAUAUUAAACAUACCAUCACAACUGUACGCAAUAUUCAAAUAAGUUUUUCUAAGCUUCAAGGAUUGGAUCAUCUUCAAUUUUGUAAUCGUAAUCGACCUUUUCUCCCAAAAUGACAUCAUGUAGAUAUUUGUUCAAACCUACAGUAUGUGUUUUCUGUACACAAUCCACAGUUAACAUAUUACUUAUCCAUUUGCUGGUGUUUGGUAAUUUCUUCAGAAUUUCCAUUUCUUUUAUUUCUUCAAAGACGGAGAUCUUCUGUAUAAAAGGCCAAAUAUGAAUAUCCAACAUAGAUAUUUCAUCUCCACCAAAGAACUUCCUAUUUGCUAUUUCUUUUUCAAAAUGUUGAAAACUUUUCAUAAAAUUUUCUAUAGCUUCAUCAAUAUUUUGCCCAGUAACGAUAGUAUGAAUUUUUGGGAUUACACUGCCGAAGGCAUCCAUUAGCAUUCUUUCGUGAUAUCUUUGCUUCUUGCAGCUUGGAAUUAGAGAUGCCCCUUCAUAUUCUUCUUCCAAGAAAUUAUUGCAAACCGCAGAUUCGAAUAUAAUAUCAUUAUCUCUUUCAAUAGCUGGUACUGUUCCGAAAGGAUUUUUGUCAAAAAACCAGUCUGGUUUAUCUUUCAAAUUAAUGUUAAUUACAUCGUGUCUGAAACAUGGUUAUAAGUAAUAUAAUACGUUAUUGGGUCAAUAAAUCCUGCUAUUUAUUGCUUACUAUUUGAAUUCAACGAAUAAUUGGUACUUACGGGAUUUUUUUAUGCCAUAACAC